AUGGCAGAUAUCGAAGCUAGAACUAUUAUUAACGCGGCUCCAAGCGUAGUGAGAGGGGUAUUUUUGGACUUUACAAAAUAUUCUGAAUGGUCCACUUUCAUUAAGGAAAUAUCACCAAGUGACAAACAAGAAGGCCCAGUGCCAGGGAAAGGUUUACAGGUUCUAUUGGAUUUCGACGGGGGAUCUCCUCAAAAGAUGGCUCCAGUUGUCAUCACAAACUCCGACGCAGAAUUUUCUUGGACGGGUGUUCUGGGUGUCAAGUCCGUGUUCAAUGGAACACAUAAAUUCGAGUUUAAGCCAUUGGAAGAUGGUAUGAAAACGGAACUUAUUCAAUCCGAAGCCUUUGGUGGUGUUUUAAAGAAACCCCUAUUAUGGUAUGUUGGAAAGAAAACUCAGAUUGGAUUCGAAGCAUUCAACAAUGCUUUGAAAGAUAGAGUUGAAAAUUCCGCUUAA